CUUUCUUUGUUGAUAAAAGGAUCUCUCCCCGAUUUCUUCACACAUCACUCGACUACUGCUGCUGAACUGAAGCGGCAUACGGUAGUCGACGACGAUGCACGCGCCGAUGUUGAUCCUCCUGCUGUCGUCGAUCGCCGCGGCGGACGCGGCCGGCAUCGGCGUCACCUACGGCAGGCGGGCGACGAGCCUCCCGCCGCCGGCCGACGUCGCGCGGUUCCUCGCCCGCGGCACCGUCCUCGACCGCGUCAGGCUCCUGAACGCCGACCCGCUCGCCCUGCGCGCCUUCGCCGGCAUGGGCCUCGCCGUGGACGUCACCGUCCCGAACGCCCUCGUGCCGCGCGUCGCCGACAGCGUCGCCUUCGCUCGGCAGUGGGUGCGCGACAGCGUCGCGCCCCACGCGGCGGCCGGGACCAACGUGUCGCGGAUCCUCGUGGGCCGCGACGUCAUCUCGCAGGCCAACCGCACGCUGCUGCUCUGCCUCGUGCCGGCCAUGCAGAACCUGCACGCGGCCCUGCUCGCCACGUCGCUGCACCGGCAGAUCAAGGUCUCCGCCGCGCACUCCCUCGGCGUCCUCGCCGUGUCCACGCCGCCGUCCGCCGCGCGGUUCCGUGAGGGGUACGACGCCGCCGUCGUCAAGCCGCUCCUCGCCUUCCUGCGCGCGACGGGCGCGCCCUUCAUGGUGAACGCGUACCCGUUCUACGGCCUCACCAGCGACGCGGGGCUCGACUUCGCGCUGUUCAGGGUGGGCGCCGAGGGCGUCACGGACGCCGGCACCGGGCUGGUGUACACCAACGCGCUGGACGCGCAGCUCGACGCCGUGCACUCGGCGAUGGAGCGGCUCGGCUUUGGUGACGUCGACGUCGUCGUGGCCGAGACCGGGUGGCCGUGGGCCGGGGAGGACUGGGAGGUCGGCGCGGGCGCGGACCACGCCGGGGACUACAACAGGAACGCCAUCCGCCACCUCGGGUCCGGCGUGGGCACGCCGCUCAUGCCCAACCGCACCUUCGAGGUCUCCAUCUUCUCCCUCUUCGACGAGAACCUGAAGCCCGGCCCGAUGUCCGAGCAUCACUUCGGCCUGUUCCACGCCGACAUGACGCCGAUCUACGACGCCGGGAUCCUCACCGCUCCGGAGUCCGUUGGGCCGGUGAGCUCCAAGGUAACACCGGCGGCGCCGGCGCCGGUGCCAGACGCAGGAGCGGCGGACUCGGGCGGUCGGCACUGGUGCGUGCCGACGCCGGCAGCGGACGCGGCGGUGCUGCAGGAGAACAUCGACUUCGUGUGCGGAGGGGGCAUGGACUGUGGUCCGAUACGGCCGGGCGGGCGCUGCUACGAGCCGGACACGGUCCAGGCCCACGCGGCGUACGCCAUGAACCUCUAUUUUCGGAGCAACGGGCAGCACGCGUUCGACUGCGACUUCGGUCGCACCGGCGUCGUCACCACCGUUGACCCAAGUUUUGGAAGUUGCAACUUUACAUAGAGGGCGUACUGUACUUGGCAAGAAGCGACAUGACUUGUCAUUGUGUUUGGUGUCCAGCAUGUUUCUCAUGCAAAUUUGUCUGUCAAAUUAGAAGACGAAAGAAACGAAACUGCUCUAUGACAAAACAUGGACAAUGUGUGGACGACAACAAAUCCAACUGCCGUUGCACCGCUGUGGGCAUGCAUGUGUGCGGCCAGAUUAUCACUGUCGUUCAUGAGUUGUCUGAUUUUGUCGUCCGUAUAGCAAUGUUGUGAAACAAAAUGUUUUUAGAACCUUAAAUUGUUGCAUGGUUACAUCUGG